CUGUUAAAUCUCUUGUCUUUCAGGAGAGAACCGUGACUAUCAGAAGACAGACAGUAGGAGGAUUCGGAUUAAGCAUAAAGGGAGGUGCAGAACAUAACAUUCCAGUUGUCGUUUCCAAAAUCUCCAAGGAGCAAAGAGCGGAACUGUCGGGACUGCUUUUCAUUGGGGAUGCAAUUCUACAGAUAAAUGGAAUUAAUGUGAGGAAAUGCAGACAUGAAGAAGUGGUUCAGGUUCUUCGGAAUGCUGGGGAGGAAGUGACCCUGACAGUGUCAUUUUUAAAAAGAGCACCUGCUUUCCUCAAACUCCCACUUAACGAAGACUGUGCAUGUGCUCCAAGUGACCAAAGCAGUGGUACCUCCUCUCCUCUUUGUGACAGUGGAUUACACCUCAACUACCAUCCAAACAACACAGACACUCUUUCCUGCUCUUCAUGGCCCACAUCUCCAGGCCUGCGGUGGGAGAAGCGCUGGUGUGACCUCAGGCUCAUCCCCCUACUACAUGCCCGCUUUUCCCAGUAUGUGCCCGGGACUGACCUGAGUCGGCAGAACGCUUUCCAAGUUGUUGCUGUGGAUGGAGUCUGCAGUGGAAUUCUUCAGUGCCUCUCUGCUGAAGACUGCAUGGAUUGGCUCCAAGCAAUAGCAACUAACAUUUCAAACCUCACAAAGCACAAUAUCAAAAAAAUCAACAGAAAUUUUCCUGUAAACCAGCAGAUAGUCUACAUGGGCUGGUGCGAAGCCCGGGAGCAGGAGUCCCUCCAGGACCGUGUGUACACACCUGUGUUCCUCGCCCUGCGGGGCUCCUGUCUUUACAGGUUCCUGUCACCUCCAGUGACCACCUGGGACUGGACUCGAGCAGAGAAGACCUUCUCCGUGUGUGAGAUCAUGUGCAAAGUUCUCAAGGCUGUACUUUGGAGGUAUAAAUUUUCUCAGCUUAAAGGAUCAUCAGAUGAUGGCAAAAGCAAAAUCAAAUUUUUGUUUCAGAAUCAAGAUACGAAACAGAUUGAAGCAAAGGAGUUGGAAUUUUCAAAUUUGUUUGCUGUUCUUCACUGUAUUCAUUCAUUUUUUGCUGCCAAAGUAGCUUGUUUGGACCCUCUGUUUUUAGGUAAUCAGGCUGCUACUUCCACUGCUGCUGCCAGCUCUGCUUCUACAAGCAAGGCAAAACACAUGGCUUGACAUGCUGAGCUCUUCCUGACAGCCUGCAGGGUCACUCGCUCCCUACUUCCACCCUAGAGAGACCAUGCUGUCACCAAGUCAAUCAUGGAGUCAGAUUGCAAUUCCAGCAGCAGAAAGGUCAGGAGGCAUCUGCAAAUGACCCUGGGAGGGCAGAGAAAAUUAUUCAUUCUCCACUGAUCUCUAUCACGAUACAGCUGUCACCGUGUUUGGUGACAAAGGGAUGAUUGGUGUAAAGUAUGUAAAUAAUAUAAAAAUUGUAAGCUACCUAUAAAUAAAAUACCAAUUAAAUGACUAUUUCUCUAUUUUAGAUGAUUUUCUAUGACAAAUGCAUAUUGGGCCAGAUCAUGAAUCAAUGCCCUAUCAUUGUAUUAUGAGUGUAAAGAAGUUAAAAAAAAAUAAAAGCAAGGCAAGUAGCAUGCACAUUAAACAGACAAACAAACAAACAACAAAAUGAAAACAAAUGACCUCAAAGACAGAAGCACCUUAACUUAUCCGUGUGAGUUACUUCCUAUAUUUCCAUCCCAUGGUUCCAUAUGAGCACUCCAGCUGUGUUUAUCUUAUUGUAAAAUAUUCUGGAGAAUUAAUAAAGACAAUUACAUUGGCUUGUGAAAACACCCUAGGAAAUGAAACAUUUCUUCUUUGGUGAAUGCUACUAAUAUGUUUUAUAUUAGAAAAUGGUAUUAAUCAUGAAUGUCAAAAACAUUCUACAUUUAAACACAUUUCUUCUUUUUUUGCUUAAUGAGGUUUAUGAACAAAUUAACAUUAAUAAAUUUAAAUGUCCCAAAACUCUUGCAGAAAAUAAUCAAUAAAUUCUGUGUAAGAAACAA